GCUGAAUUCAUCAAAAGUGAAAAUUUUCACGGUGCUGUGUUUACGUAAAAUCGAGUGCAGAAAGUGUUUUGUGUUUUUAGCAGAUUGAACAUAAUUUUUGCAUUUAAAAGUAAUGUCAUUCGCAUUGAAUUCUCUAUCCGGCAAUACAAUAGCCACAAUGCAUCCUAUAAUGGGGAGUAUUGCUAAUGGAAACUUCAUCGCGCAGUCCAUCGCUUCAUCGACGGGUGGACCGUCUUCACUAAUGAAUAACAGCACACUGGAAUAUGGACGCAAGCAAUGCCAGUCUCUGUCUGGUGCUGCUCCGAUGGAUUUGGAAUCCGCUUCCGAACGAGAUUCUUCUAAGGAAGGGAAUUCUGGCGAGAAGAAAGAUAAUAUGUUACAGAAGAGUGGCCAAAUGGGAAUGGAUAAUGGAGGACAAAUCCUAUUCAAUCAAUUGAUUCCACAACCCCAGGGUUUUAUGAUGAUGACCCCAGGUAUGGUCAACAUGAUGGAUGGAUCAUCUCUGAUUGGGAUGCAGACAUUUCCCAUGAUGGCGGCUCAGCAGAUUGGGGCCAGUGUGGAUAUGUCCCAACAAGCGUUAGGAAUGGUUAGAUCGGACGAAGGAAACAAAGAAAUAAUUUACUGCAAAUCGUGCACUAUGUUUCCACCCAACCCAACCGCUCAGCCGCCGAAAACAAUCGAUCGUCCACCGGGAUGCAGGACGGUGUUUGUUGGUGGUUUACCCAAUUCCAUAACGGAAGAAAUCAUAAGAGAAAUAUUCGAGCGAUGCGGGGAGAUUACAACACUUCGUUACUCGAAGAAGAAUUUUUGUCACAUACGUUUUGUAUACGAAGCAUCGGUUGAUUCCGCUAUUUAUUUAUCUGGUUACCGUGUGAAAUUAAAUAAUGGGGGGUUCAAUUAUCCCACGCCGGAACAGAAAGAUCCGGCCACGCUGGGUACACUACACGUAGAUUUCGCGCACGCUCGCGAUGAUCAGUAUGAUUACGAAUGCCGACAGCGUAAACUGCAACGUGAAAGACGUCAUCGGGAGCGGGUUGAUGAGGAUCGCCUUCGGCCGUUAUCUCCCCAACCGGUCAUACACUAUACUGAUCACGAAGCUACAUCGGUUGCGGAGAAAUUGAAAACCGAUGAAACUUUCACUAAAGCCGUUCUAACAUUGAUUACUUGGCUUGAACGAGGUGAUUGUAGUAAGAAGAAUGCAAACACCUUUUACACCAUGAUUCAGAGCACCAAUUCGCACGUUCGCCGGCUGCUUAACGAGAAAGGAAUCAAUGAUGAGGAGCUGUGCCGAGCGAAAGAGUUCUACCGCAAGCAGAUGCAGAGUAUGCUAGGACAAUUCAAUCAGAUUGAAAAAGUAUUCAAUGCGGCCAGUCACAAGAAGGUUUGGGAUCAUUUUUCUAAAGCCCAAAGAAAGAACAUCGAUGCCUGGAAGAAGCAAUCGCUGGAGAUCAGAAGUGUUCAGUUGGAUGACUUUAUGGACGAUGAAAUGGAUCUAUCCGAGGAUGAAGGAUCCUCUAGAAAAAAGUCCCGAUGGGACGUACGGAAGGAACGAAACGAUAGCUCAUCGGAAGUUGAUUUCCAAUCAACCCGUUCGGAGCUAGAGGUCAAGACCAUGCAAAUUCAAGUUCUUCAAGAGACUAUUCGAAAUCUACAAACGCAACUGCUGGAAAAUAAAUCCAAAGAAAUCGAACGACAGAACAAGAUGGAGAGUUUGGAAGACAAACUAAAAGAAGCAAACGUGAAACAACUUCUUUUGAAAACGAAAAUCGCCAAUACACAAUCAAAGCUCUCUCUGUGCGCAACGAACACUUCAUCCUCCAAAGGUGACUCAGAGUUGGACGAAUGCGAACUGUCGGAAACCGAGCAGAAACAAUGUGCAAUGUCAUCGUCGACAACGAUUCCAGUACAAUCGGCCAAAACUCCUCCCCCGGCAGCGAUCGACCCAAGCGAAGCGAAGGUGAUCACUUUGGUGUCCACGUUUCUUGUGGUACAUCCGCACGGAGCCAGCAUAGAUUACAUCUGGUCAUAUGUUAGCCGAUAUGUGCCGGAGCUAAAAGUGAAACUCGUAGAAGACAUGCUGCACCGUUACCAGGAUCUCUUCCGGGAAGAGGUCAGCGGGAUUGGGGCAAAGAUAGAAAGAAAAUGGAAGUUUUUCGGCUUUGAGUGCAAAGAGUCUGAAAAAUCUUAAGAGAAUCAAUAAGUAUAUGUCAAUAAUUAUACACAAUCUAAAUUAAGAUAUGAGUUCCGUUGUUUUAUACAAAUACAUUUUUGAAUAAUUCGUU